ACUCGCGGCCAGUCGUGGGUCGCGCGGAUCCCGACGGACGGGCCCGUGCACGUCGCCCUGGCCGUCGGCGCCGGCGUCCUCGACCGGGCCGGCGCGCGGCUCCGCGUCUGGAACUGCUCCGCCUCCGCCAAGGCCAUCGGCGGCGUCGCGGACGAGCCCGGGGCGCUGGGCGCGAGGUCCAUCGAGGUCGAGGUCGACGGGGCGCUGGUCUUCGCGGGCGAGCUGCCGCGGCGGGCCCGCGACGCCAAGGGCUCGGGUUGGUUCGACGUGGCGCUGAAACCGGCGGCGGUUCCGGCGGAGCUCGCGGCGGCCGCCCCCGCGCCGGCCGCGGAGGCCGCGCCGACGCCCGCGGAGGAGGCGCCGCCCGCGCCGAAGCCCGCGCCCCUCGAGACGCCCCCGGCGACGACGGGCGGGGCGGCCGCCGCGCUCGUGACGCCCGACGACGCCGAGGCGUCGGGCACCGUCGCCGACGCGAGCGCGACGCUCGUGACGCCCGAGGCGCCGGCGAAGGUCCCCGACGCCGACGCGCCGGCCAAGGUCUCCGACGCGUCGCUCUGGCUCGCCAAGCCGACGCCGCGCGGCGCCGCGGCGUUGGACCUCGCGUCGCCGCCGAAGCCGAAGCCCACGCCGCGGUCGCGGCGGCCGCGGACGCAGGGACCGGAGGAGCCCGAGGACGACGAGGCGGCGGCGGCGGAGCCGGCGCCGGCGGCGCCGCGGCCGUCGCGGCCGGCGGCCGCGGCGGACGCUCUCGCAGGUCCCUCGGACGCGCUCGGCGCGGCGCUCCGCGGGGAGCUGCCGCGGCGGAAGCCGCGCAACGAGGCGAGCCUCCUCGAGUCCUGGGACUCGCUCGCGCAGUUCUCGUCGAAGAGCCGGUCGCGGCUCGCGCGCGCGGGCGCGUCCGCGCUCGGCGACUCCUUCGCCGACUCCGUCGCCGGGGCGCCCGGCGACGCGGACUCCUUCGUCGAGGACGACGACGACGAGCCCUUCGAGGGCGCGCCCACGCUGCCGAGCGGCCGCGUGCUGACG